UUAUUCCGAAGAGGGUUCAGGAUACGGACACAGGAGUUAUUUUGCACGCUCAAGAGGAACCACACAUGCAGUUGGUGAAAGGGUGGUUUCUCACAGCCGCAGCUUUGCCAACUUCCGAAGAAACCCACGAGAAAAAAGACCAUGCGGUGUUCAUCCUCCUGAGAGACGCGCUUCUGAAGAAAUCAGUCCGUGUUUGGAAGCGUGUGGUGGACAUUACGCGUUUUGAAUCGGGGAGAUGAAGUGAGAGGAUAACCAAAAAAAUCAUCGUGAAAACAGAAACGCCAUGUUUGGCCACAUGCACACUCACGUUUAGUGUAGAUAACACUUCAGUGUGGACGCGCUGCAGCUGCAGCAGUCAUGGACAGACGUUGUUCUUCUGGACACUCAGUUCUGUGAAGGUACUGCAGUAUGUCACCUAGAUCUUUACCGUAUUUGGAGUAAAUGAAGGCAAAGGUCUGCCAGCUGUACAAAAUGAGCCCGAGAGAAGACGCCCCUGCAGACCGCGGUUUCCUGGUGGGGAUCAUAUUCUUCAUCCUUGGCCUGGGAACGCUGUUGCCAUGGAACUUCUUCAUGACGGCAUCUAUGUAUUUCAACAACAGACUCAACGUGUCUGAACGGAGUAAUGAAACCGAAACCACCAGGAAGGAGUAUUAUUUCAAUAACUGGAUGACUCUGCUGUCCCAGCUGCCUUUGCUGCUCUUCACUCUGCUCAACUCUUUUCUCUAUCAGUGGAUCUCUGAGAAGAUGAGGAUAGCAGGCAGUCUGGUCUUCAUCCUCAUCCUCUUCAUCCUCACAGCUGUGCUGGUGAAGAUCCCAAUGGAGGAGGACCGCUUCUUCUCCGUCACCAUGGCCACCAUCUGGUUCAUCAACUCGUUUGGCGCUGUGUUACAGGGAAGUCUGUUUGGUUUGGUGGGUUUGUUGCCGCAGAGGUACAGCGCUGUCUUUAUGAGCGGACAGGGGCUCGCUGGGACAUUCGCUGCUCUUGCAAUGAUCUUCGCCAUCACAAGUGAAGCUGAUAGUGAGUCUGCAGCUCUGGGUUAUUUCAUCACUCCGUGUGUCGGGACCCUCGUCACGCUCUUCAGUUACAUGCUGCUGCCAAAACUGGAGUUUGCUAUAUUUUACCUGGACAGCAAACGCAAGAGUUACGAGCUUGAGACGUCCAGCCAUCUGCUCCCUACAGAUGCUGCUGAAGACCGUGUGAAGAGCAGCGGUCCGUCUAAUGGCUCGGUGGUGAACGGGGAUCCUAAUAGAGCUGAGAGUGAUGAAGAGGAGGGUGUGAAGCAGGCCUUCAUCCCGCUGCCGCCAGGAAACAGGUCGUCUCCUCAGAAGAGCUCCAUCCUGCAGGUCUUUAAACAGAUCUGGGUAAUGGCGUUUUGUGUGACGUUUGUGUUCACGGUUACUCUGUCAGUUUUCCCUGCGGUUACGGUGGAUGUAAAAACUGUGUACGGAGGGAAAUGGGAACGAUACUUCAUUCCUGUUCUGUGUUUUCUCUUCUUUAAUUUGAUGGACUUUAUUGGCAGAUCGGUCACGUUAGUUUCUAAGUGGCCGUCUAAAGACAGUCGUUUGUUCCCGCUGCUGGUGGUCUGUCGAGUGGUCUUCGUCCCGCUGCUCAUGAUGUGUAACGUACAGGAGAGACACAUCAUGCCUGUGCUCUUCUCAAACGACGUCAUGUUCGCUGCCAUCAUGGUGUUUUUCUCUGUGUCCAGCGGAUACUUUGUGUGUCUGUCCAUGACCUACGCACCACAACUCGUGGAGCCUAAAGAUGGCGAGACGGCCGGUGCGUUGAUGGCGUUUUUUCUGGCUCUUGGUCUGUCUCUGGGAGCUGCGUUGUCGUUCCCUCUGCGUUUUCUGGUCUGACCUCCCCGUCUCACUCUCGGCUCUCGGGCGUCUGCAGAAGGGCUGCGAUAAUAAAUCAAUAACAGCAGAUGCUGCCCUAAUCACUUCUUGAUAGGUGAUGCAUCAGGAUAUAUUCCCAGCCCUAGUCUGUCACAAAUGUAACGGCAUUGCACUUUAUUUGACAGCUUAAAAGGAAGUAAGUUAUGAAAGGGACAUUAUAAUUUGCAUUUCUUUAAAUAAUGAAGUCUUUAUUACUGAUAUAUUUGCAUUUUCUGUAUACAGAGUGGGAUCCGAUAGUCUGAGACCACGAUCACUUCAGUUUGGGGAUUUUGAGAAACAUGUAUUGCAUAAAACACAGCAUCUCUGAUUCUGCACUAUUUCUGGGUCAGUAAUCGCAUAAGAGAAAAAAAAAAGUGCGACUCCUUUGUGCUCUUUGCCCAAGUCAUGCUGGGAAAA